AUGAUGAGCAUUUUACCUUCUGGAAAUAAUGGGCCUGAAAAUCUCAGCCUCCCACAAAUUGUAAAGGAUUUGGGAUUACAGGAUCAUUAUCCUCACAAAUUGUCUCUUCAGACCGUGCGGGAGGUGUCCCAGGAUAAACCGGAGGACAGCAAACCAACUCGAGCAGAAGAUCUUCCCUGGCGAUUUCUCCAGAGGAUCCUCUCAGCCAAUUCACUGGCGAGGAAUCCUGACUGGCCACCUGAUCUCUCCUCCAAAGGAGAAGGCAAUAACCAUGAAGACUUCAGUGAUUUCUUUGAAGUUAGGGGACAAUGGGAUGGUGGGAUGAAUCCUCUGGAUAUCAUUGCUGCCAUUUUCCUCUGUGCUGACCACUCUCUCCAGCAGGAACUGAUGCUGAAGAUGUCUCUGUGCCAGUUUGCAUUACCCUUUCUGAUGCCAGACACACACAGUCACCCCAUGGACAAGGUGAGGGGACCCACAGAAGGGCCUGGUGCCACCCUUCUCCUCUGGGCCAUGAGACCCAUUGUUAAAACAUGGUGCCCACAUUCUCCUACAGACAGCAGCCCCGUUGUGGAGGUGUCCAUCGUGACAGCGGCCAUGCCAACGGUGUCCUUCCUCAGACUGGGAAGGUGCACAGUGUCCAAAUCCCGAAUCCUCAAUCUCACCCUGAGUCAGGCACAGCUGCAGCAGAACAUCUUCCUGCACUCCGAGAUGGAAUGUGGGAAUGUGUCCCGCAGGAUAUCCAACGGAAUGGCUGAGAUCAGCUGGUAUCUCCCUUCUGGGAAGAGUAACACGGAUAUUUUCCCAGAGGCUGCUGCAUUCAUUAACCUCCGAGGCGAUGCUGACACUUUCCAGGGAAACGCUCGGUUUCUGGCAAAAGUAUCUGCUGCUCUCUUUAUUUUCAUCGAUGUUAUCGGUGAGAAGGAACGAGAAUUCCUCACCUCUCUCACACAGUCACCAGCAAAACACUUUCUGAUAUUCAACACCCACAUCAAUCAGCAACACAUAACCCCUGAGCAGGUGGAGAAACUGUUCAAAGAUCUAAAGUUAAAACGUGAACAAUGCAUCGUUCUGAAAAAAAUAAAUGAGGCUAAACUUGUGGAAAAGCUCCGCUCUCAGAUCAAACAAGUAAUUCUAAUGAGGGACAGGGACCAGCCCUUCCUGAGCCUGGAAAAAAUGGCUGACAUUGCAAUGGAAGGUGGGAUUGAGGUCGAUGAAUGUCAACCUGAAAUACAACAAGCCAAGGAACAUAUGUCAAAAGUGCAGAGAAAAACAGUCACUGAGGAACGAUCUCAUCAGAAUUCAUUCAACAUCUCAGAGGGAUCAAUGGGUGUCUCGGAAAGAAUAAACAAUGAUUUCCCAGAUGGAAGUAACAAUUCCCUACAUGAUACACUUUGUCAAAUUGUAAAGGAUUUGGGAUUACAGGAUCAUUAUCCUCACAAAUUGUCUCUUCAGACCGUGCGGGAGGUGUCCCAGGAUAAACUGGAGGACAGCAAAGCAACUCGAGCAGAAGAUCUUCCCUGGCGAUUUCUCCAGAGGAUCCUCGCAGCCAAUUCACUGGCGAGGAAUCCCGAAUGGCCACCUGUUCAGUUCCAGCAAUGUGAGGACAUUGAUGAUGAAGAUUUCGGCCGAUUGUUUCGGGUAAAAGAACCGGGGGAUGGUGGGAUGAAUCCUCUGGAUAUCAUUGCUGCCAUUUUCCUCUGUGCUGACCACUCUCUCCAGCAGGAACUGAUGCUGAAGAUGUCUCUGUGCCAGUUUGCAUUACCCUUUCUGAUGCCAGACACACACAGUCACCCCAUGGACAAGGUGAGGGGACCCACAGAAGGGCCUGGUGCCACCCUUCUCCUCUGGGCCAUGAGGCCCAUUGUUAAAACAUGGUGCCCACAUUCUCCUACAGACAGCAGCCCCAUUGUGGAGGUGUCCAUCGUGACAGCGGCCAUGCCAACGGUGUCCUUCCUCAGACUGGGAAGGUGCACAGUGUCCAAAUCCCGAAUCCUCAAUCUCACCCUGAGUCAGGCACAGCUGCAGCAGAACAUCUUCCUGCACUCCGAGAUGAGAUGUGGGAAUGUGCCCCGCAGGAUAUCCAAUGGAAUGGCUGAGAUCAGCUGGUAUCUCCCUGCUGGGAAGAGAAACACGGAUAUUUUCCCAGAGGCUGCUGCAUUCAUUAACCUCCGAGGCGAUGCUGAAACUUUCCAGGGAAACGCUCGGUUUCUGGCAAAAGUAUCUGCUGCUCUCUUUAUUUUCAUCGAUGUUAUUGGUGAGAAGGAACGAGAAUUCCUCACCUCUCUCACACAGUCACCAGCAAAACUCUUUCUCAUAUUCAACACCCACAUCAAUCAGCAACACAUAACCCGUGAGCAGGUGGAGAAACUGUUCAAAGAUCUAAAGUUAGAACGUCAACAAUGGAUUGUUCGGACAAACAUAAAUGAAGCUAAUCUCGCAGAGAUAGUUUAUUCUCAGAUCAAACAAGUAAUUCUAAUGAGGGACAGGGACCAGACCUUGCUGAGCCUGGAGAAAAUGGCUGACAUUGCGAUGGAAAGUGGGAUGGAGGUCGAUGAACGUCAACCUGAAAUACAACAAGCCAAGGAACCGACCAAAAUACUGGACAGACUUGACUCAGGAGACAUUACUGGGUAUAAAAGGAGAGUGUUGCCCUUUCAUGGAGAGUCCUGGCAAGGGUUGUCUAAAGUUGAAAAAGAGAAAUCUCGGAUGAAACUCCGUGGGGACAGAACCACAGUCGUGUAUAACCACCAACUGGACCAGGAGAAGAACAGAAUCCGGGAAGAUCAGCUCAGACAGAGUCUGUCGGAAGAGAUGCGACUGUUCAUUGAAUACCUCACCCGUCGUGGUGGGGUUGACAGAGCCAUUUCCCUACAGUGGCUGAAGCUGGAACUGGACAGUAAAUCACGGGAAGUUAUGGCAGGAUUGCGUAGAAUUUAUAAAGAACUGUGCAAAGACUCAAAGCAGAAGGUGAAGGAACUGAAGGAGUUGGAUCAGAAGAUGUCUGAUAGUUCCCUGGGACUCGAGCAUUUCAUGAGGGAACUUGGCCAGAUUUAUGAACUUUCAGUGACUCGACACAACGUCACCCGAAGGACACAGAUCCACCCAAAGGUGUCGCAGUUCCCAGGGGUUGCUGCUGAACUGUUGCUGGAAGGGUUCCCACUGGAACUCAUCGAUGGAGACGUUUCCAACGUUCCCAUUCCAUGGAUCACUGCCGUACUCACAGAGCUGGCCAACAAAGUGGGAAGAGCUUGCCGAGUGUUUGUGCUGACAGUGAUCGGAGUUCAGAGCUCGGGCAAGUCCACACUCCUCAACACAAUGUUCUGUUUGCGGUUUGCUGUGAGCAGCGGCCGAUGUACUCAAGGGGCCUACAUGCAGUUGAUCAAAGUCACAGGGAGCCUGGCCGAGGAGCUGGGCUGUGAGUUCAUCCUGGUCAUUGACACAGAGGGGCUGAGAGCCCCAGAACUCGCAACACUGACAGACAGCUACGAGCACGACAAUGAGCUGGCAACGUUCGUGGUUGGAUUAAGCAACUUAACGUUGGUAAACAUCGGGAUGGAAAAUCUGUCAGAGAUGAAAGAUAUUUUACAGAUUGUUGUCCAUUCCUUAAUCCGCAUGAGGGAGACAGGAAAAGGGCCAAAGUGCAUAUUUGUGCACCAGAACAUCGGCGAUGUGAGUGCGCACAAUCAGAAUCUGAGAGGCCGUCAGAAACUCCUGGAGCAGCUGGAUAAGAUGACAGAGGCUGCAGCAAAGCUGGAGAAGGUAGACCGAGUAACGUUCCGGGAUGUGAUGGACUAUGAUGCUGACAAGGACAACUGGUACAUCCCUGGUCUGUGGCAUGGUACACCCCCAAUGGCUGCAGUCAACACCGGCUACAGUGAACACGUCUCCCAACUGAAGAAGAACCUAAUUCAGUGUCUAAUCCAACGGAGCAAAAGCCAAAGAGCUUUCACUAUCCCGGACUUGAUCAAAUGGAUGGCUGGGCUUUGGGAGCAGGUGAAACACGAAAAUUUCAUUUUCAGCUUCCAGAACAGUCUGGUCGCAGAGGCUUACAAUCACCUCUCCGUGAAGUACAAGGACUGGGAGUGGGAACUCCGCAAAUUCAGUCACUCCUGGGGAAAUGAGGCUGAAAACAGAAUCAGCAAUGCCAAAGGAGAUCUCACCAAACUGCUCCAUAAUCUGGAGAGGGAGAUGAGGACAGAGAUGAACAAAAGGGAGGGUGUCACUCUGGAUAAACUACAAGCUCUGUAUGAAAGUGGGGCUGAUAAUGUGUAUCUGAUGGAGAAAUACAGAGAGGAAUUUAAACUCAGCAUCUCCAGUUUAUGCAGCCGACUUCACCACGAUUCAAUGCAGAGAUGUAGAGAUGCCGUGAGUAGACGAGUGGGACUACAGGGAGUGGAUGAUAUUUGUAAUAACUUUCAGAAUAAUAUUGGAGAACAGGUGAAGGAACUUUUAAGGAAGUGUAAAACAGCAAAUUGGGUGUUGGGUCAACAGGAACUUAAAAAUGAAUUUGAAACAAUGUGGAAAAGUACACUCUCUCAGCUGGAGUAUCAGCCCUGCAGAGAAGGAAACAUUGAACUGGAGAUUGAAAAUCUUCUCAGGGAGGAAAUAAAAACUCAAGGGAGAGUGGUUAAUGAAAGGCUAAAAUGUAAAAAUCUCUGUGAACUGGGGAUCCAGUACUUUCGGAUUGAAGAGAAACACACCAACGUGUCACAUUGGAGAUGGGGUACAAGUAAACUCAUUCCAUCCAGAUUGAAAUCAGAUCUCGAUCAAGCAGCAAAGAUUACAAAGCUCAUCGAGGAUGAAUGCAGACAUUGGAUCACUGACAUCACAAAAAUGGACAUGGAUUAUGACAACAAAUAUUGCAUUGAACUUUUGAACAUGAUAGAGGAAAAAGUUGACAAUAUUUCACAUCAAUACGUUUCAAUGUCUGAGGUUUUCAAGGCCGAGUUUAAACUUCACCUGUGUGGUUACGCUGUACCAAGAUUCCAGGAGAUGCACAGGAGGUUUAUCCACAACCACGACCCACAGAGAAGACUGGAAAACAUGAAAAGUCAAUACUUUGAUCUCUUCAUGGAUAUUUACACAGAGCAGGAUGAGAACCUGAGACAAGCAGAACGAUUUGCACGAUCUUGUUUCUUGCCAGCUCUCCGAGACGCCACCCUCAAGACUCUCAGCGUGAACAUCGUGGAUGAUAUGAAAAAACACGACCCUGAGCGACAGUACAGUCUCCGCAACAACUUCACUGUGGCCCUCCUGGUCCACCUGAAACAAACACAUCAAUUUGAUGAAUAUCUCCGGUACAUCAGAGAUUUUGAGAAUUUCGCCAAAGACUGGCUCCAUCAGCAAGUUAUUAAACACUGCAAGACAGAACACGAUGGGGAGAGCACAUUUACCCGUCUGGCUAAAGAAAUCCUCACAGAGAUCACUGGGCAAGCUAAGGACAUUGUUCAGGAUGCAGUGAAGCAGAACUUUGCUGGAAAUGCUCAGAGCUUCCUAAACACGUUUGUUGAAAAGUUAAACACAAGAAUCUCGAUGCCCAAAGAUGAGAUGAAACUUGUUCUGUUUCAGAGUGGCAGUGAUGGCAAGAAAUGUGCAGAAGCCAUUCUGCCAUGUAUUGAAGAGAUGGAGAAGAAACUCCUCGAUGAGGUAAAAGGCUGGGAUGUCAAAGCAAAGAUUGAAGAAUUAUCCAUUAAACCCAGGGAGGAGUUGUUCAAAGGGUUAUUCAAUUGUACAAUGAAAUGUCCUUUCUGUGGGGUUUUCUGUGACUCAGAGACCCCGGUACACUCACAACACUCCUGUAAACAGCACAGACCUGAAGGGCUCAACAACUGUCGAUGGAUAGACAGUAAAUGUCUUGUAACGGAUAUCUGCACAGCUUCAGUCGCAAGUGAUAGAAAAUUCCAAAAUAAAGACACAAAUUUGGAAUGGCAUCCCUACAAGGAUUAUCAAACAGUCAAUGAUUACUACAAAUCCUGGAUUAUCCAACAGGAAAUUUCCGCACAGGCAGCAUCCUAUUGGAAAAGGGUUUUCUACACUUUCAAUCAGCAGUUUGCUGAUGAAUUCAGAGCAAAGCCUGCAGAGAUCGAUGAAAGCUGGAACAUUGACUGGGAUGUGGUGAGGGAAGAAAUGAACAAGACGUAUAAUACAACCAUUCAGUCUUGAUAAAUGUCCCUUUAGAUGGUGUUA